GAUAGGCAUGCGAAGCACUGGGCCAGGCGCGGGGUUCGGGGUGAGAGACGGUGAGUCAGUGCGAUUGCGUUGGAACAGCGGGCACGGUGAAUAACGGAGGAAGAAGACGAAGACCUUCCCUGCCCUGCGAAAUCAAAUCACAGAAAGCAAAAGACAACGCUUAUUUUCCCCAAAAGCAAAUGUGUGGCAGAUGGAGAACUGUCUCGCUUCUCCUCCGCCGCAUAGCCGCUGCCUCCAAAUCCACCACUCAUCAUCUCUCUUGUCCUCCAGAAUCUCGCUUUCUCCCUCGUCCUCCUUUCAAUCUCACACGCCGCUUCCUCAGUUUCGGGGCUUCUUCUGCAAUCCCUUAUCGGGUCCCCGUUGAUUCCGACGAUUUUGAUUCUUCGGGUCCUCCUAAUUUGGACCAUAACUAUGAAUUGGGAGCUCAGGAAGACGGCGAAUCCGUGAAAGUUCCCGUUAAAGCUUACUUUCUUUCAACCAGUAUAAACUUGAAGGACAUUCAAGCUGAGAAUUUAGGAAACAUUAUUCCUCCAUCUUCUCGCUCAUCAAACUCCAUUGCCCUCCGAUUCCGUAACUUCAAUUCAGACACUAAUGGAGCUGGAACCCACAACAAAACAAGCAGCUAUCGGUACAUGGUCGUUUACCAGUAUGGGUCUGCUGUUUUGUUUAAUAUUGAGGAUCAUGAAGUGGACAAUUACCUGGAACUAGUUAAAAGGCAUGCUUCUGGUUUGCUUUUAGAGAUGAGGAAAGAUGAUUAUGCGGUCAAAGAGAUGCCACGCUUAGUUGAGGAUAUGCGGGGAGGGCCGGACUAUAUAGUUCUGAAAUCUCUGGACACUGAUGGUAUUCGCAUCAUUGGUAGUGUUUUGGGACAAAGUAUAGCACUGGAUUAUUUUGUUUCUCAGGUGGAUAGUUUGGUUGAAGAGUUUGCAGAUAUAAAUCGUGGAAUGGAGAAAACAGGAACUUUCACUAUGGAUAAGAAGAAGCUCCUUCAGCUCGUUGGAAAGGCCAAUUCAAAUUUGGCUGAUGUGAUUCUUAAAGUUGGCCUCUUUGAGAGAUCGGAAAUUGCUUGGAGGGAUGCAAAGUACGCUGCAAUUUACGAGUAUCUUAGGGAAGAGUAUGAAGUUGCACAACGUUUUGGAAACCUGGAUUUCAAAUUGAAAUUUGUCGAGCAUAAUAUUCAUUUUCUCCAAGAAGUGUUGCAAAACAGAAAGUCAGAUUUCUUGGAAUGGUGCAUUAUUUUCCUUUUGUUUAUUGAAAAUGUUAUAUCUAUAUAUGAGAUUCUUCGGGAUUCAAGUACAAUUUCUUAGCUAGAGAAGUUGGAGCUGGAUUUUUUAUCCUAUGUAGCCCUAGUUCCAAUUUUUGAUUAGUUAAUUAUUCUUUCUUUUUCAUUUUGCAUUUAUGAUAAAGAAAAUUCAUAUGCCCCUUGGUUUUGCUUUAAAGCUUAUAAAUGACAAGGGAGCUGGGUGAAAAUAAUUUGAAACUAGUUGUCUAUGAGAAUGGCUAUCUGAUCAUCAAAA